AUGCUGCGCCACGCGAGCGGCGCCAACAAGUUUCCAGACUUCCGCCUCUCGGCGUCCCAGGACGCCCAUUUCCGCGGUGUCGCAUCGACGCUCCUGCAGAACGCGAUCGUCGAGUGCGAAGACACAGCGAAGGACAUCCACGGCAAGUGGAAAUACGUGCGCGAGGCCAAUGGCCUCAAGCUUUACAAGGCAAAGAAGCCCAGCAAGACGAUACCGGGCAAUCAGCUCAUGGCAACUGGCAUCGUCCGCGGCAACCUCCUCGAGGUGCUCCGCGGGCUUUACGCCCAUGACUCGGUCUCGUUUCGCGUCAAGUCGGCCCUGCUCAUGCCCAAGGAAUACCUCGACUGCGAGGUUUUGCAUGCAAUGGACGUCCAGGACGACGCAGCGCCCUUCCGUUUCAACGGGCUCAAGUGGAUCGCGACCAAGUGGCCGGGUGGUUCGAUGUCCAAGUCGCGCGACUUUUGCUACUUUGAGUCGAUGGGUAUUGCGCGCAACACGGACAAGAACGGCAACGCGUUCGAGUACGGCUACUGCUUUAUGGACUCGUGCGACGUCGGCCAGUGCCCGCCGCUGGACGCGAUCUCGCUUGUCCGCGCCAAGAUGAGCAUCCGCCACAUCUUCCGCGAGGUCUCCAACGGGUACACGCUCGUCAUGACACACUGCAGCAUCGACGCGUGCGGCAAGAUGUCGGGCUUUAUGAGCGACAUGACGACGCUUCCGUUCCUCUCGUCGGCCGCCCGCUCGUCCGAGUGCGCCGAGUCGGCGCGUCUCUCGUUGGCGACGAUGGGUUGUGACGAGUCGGCGUCGACGCGCGGUUCUCGCCGGGGCACGUCCAUGCGCAACCGCGAGUGCAUCUGCUGCCUCGCGUCGUUUGCCGGCGGAAAGCGCGAGCGCGCCGAGUGCUCGCUCUGCGAGUUUGACGCGUGCAAGACGUGCGUCGAGGACAAGAAGGUCGUGGAGCUUCUCGGCACGUCGAUCCGCGCGACCAAGAAGCCCUACUGCAAAAAAUGCUUGUCGGCCAACCGCGCGAGCUUGACGUCGCGCCGGUCGCUCUCGUCCGUCUCGGCUGUGCACAGUCAGCGCGGUCUCAGCUGCAGCUACGGCUCGGACCACGCGAUGGUCAACGAAGCCGCGACUGUGCCCGAGCACGGCGCCGUGUGUCCGAUUUUGGAUUUCGACAACGAAGAAGAAGAAGAGUCGGUGUACUCGGGGCUCGACCUCGACCAAACGAGCUCUGUCGCGAGCCUCCACGACGAAAGCAAGGACAAGGUUCAAGUGCUCUACACCGGUCCGCUCGCGACCGGCACGACGUCGUUUGACGGCACGGAGGUCGGCAGCAUGUCCCGCAUGCGGCUCUACGACAGCUCGCAGAGUUUUGGCGGCGAAGACAGCCCCCAUGUGGUGCCCAUCCAGGUCGUGAGCUCGUCCGCGCCGAGCGCCGACCUCUACGAGCCGCGGCCGAUGGCCUACCGCGAUGCGAGUCCGCGCUCGAUGGCGAUGAAGAUGAUGCAGCUCUCGAUGCAAGCGCGCGAGACGCACGACAUUGUGCGCCGGAACCAAGAGUUUGCGCUCAAGAUCUAA